UUUGAAAAUAGCUGCCGAUGAUGGAGACAUAUUCAGUUUCAAAGCUUGGAAAUGUGUUUGAACGAAGACGGAUAAGAACGCUUUCAACAGGGAGAAGAUUUGAAAUGUGGCAAGGCAUAACGGACAUAAAUUGAGAGCAAUCAAAUAGCCAAAUUAAUCUUCAAGUACGUCUUAUCAAUGCAACAGAUACACUCACAUCAACAUUCUCGUUUCGCAUUUCGGGAUCGUUUUGAUUCUGAAAAAUUAUGGGAACUAUCUGGGAAUAUGGAAUUUUAUUUUUAUCAACAUUUUCGUUGACGAUUGUUAUCGGAACAACACCCGAUGAGAGUACGAAAUUUCAUUAUACGAAGGCUCAUUAUAAACUUCACCAACUUGUUCGACGGGAGACGCACCCGCAUCUUGAAGAUUUCGAAAUCGUACUUCUUGAAUAUUACAGUGAAGAUCACAAUCCUAUAACGGAGAUUUAUCACAAUCGAAAGCGAAGGAGUCUUUCUAGCACUGAAAAUUUGAAGUUUUUCAAAGUCACGUCUCACGGCCACGAAUUCCAUGUUGAACUAGAAUCGAAUACCAAGUUUCUUUCUCCCACGUUUUCUGUAACUAAAAUAAAAAAUGAUGAAACUACAACGGAGAUAUUGGAAUAUAAAGAAAUCAUCGACGAUGAAAUUAUUAACUGCCAUUUCGUUGGAAAAAUGAUUUCCCAUGAAAACAGAAGUACAGCAAUUAGCACGUGUAAUGGAUUGACUGGCCUUUUACGGACAGAAGAAGAUGAUUUUAUUAUAGAGCCGGUUCCAGAUCAUCUUGAACAUGAAUUUUUAGAAUCUCAACAACCUCACAUUAUUUAUAAACGAAAACAUUUAACCACGAAGAAAGAGCGUUUGCAUUUUUGUGGAAAACAAAAACGACAUCCGAUAUCAACAUCAAUCGAAGACAUAGCCGAAAUCAAAGAGUUAUCUGACGGAGAAAGAAUAAUUGUACGAUCGAAGAAAAAGGCAAUACAAGAAGUAGUUUCUGAAGAGAACGGUGAUCACAAGCGACAAAAACGAAAUGUAAUAGAAAAAGCAUCAGAAACUAGGAAGGAACGAAUCGUUGAAACAUUGGUUGUCGCUGAUCGACAAUUGAUAAAAAAUCACGAAAAAGAUCACGUCGAUGUAACAACUUACGUACUCACCGUUAUGAACAUGGUAGCAAGUCUGUUCAAGGAUGGUACAUUGGAUGAAGACAUCAGCAUUGUUUUAGUUGGAAUCGUCUUGCUCGAAGAUGACGCGGAUCUUCAGUUGGAUCACAGAGCCGAUAAAUCGUUAAUGAACUUUUGUCGUUGGCAGGCUAAAUUCAACACUACUAACGGGAGAAAACCUGAUCAUUCUAUUUUGCUGACAGGAUUAGACAUUUGCGUUGAUAAAAACGAACCCUGUGACACUCUUGGCCUUGCCCAGAUUGGGGGAAUGUGCACUCAAUCAGGAAGCUGUACAAUUAACGAAGAUAUGGGACUAGGACUUGCCUUUACUGUUGCUCACGAAACUGGCCACAGUUUUGGAAUGAAGCACGACGGUCAAGGAAAUUCAUGCGGCAAACGAGAUGGGCAUAUAAUGUCUUCUGCGCUCAACACUUUGAAUGGGGUUUUUACAUGGUCAUCAUGUAGUCGGAAAAGUAUGGCCCAAUUUUUCAAAACUGCUCGGUCUCAUUGUCUCGAUGAUGGUGACAAUGAAUUCCCUAACGUCACAUUACCUGGAAAACUCCCAGGAGAAAAAUAUAGCGCUAAUCAGCAAUGCAAACUUCAAUAUGGAAGAUCUGCUAAACUAUGUAAUUCUCGAUAUCAGAAUAACAUGAAUCUAGUCUGUAAGUUAUUAUGGUGCCGCAAUGAAGAUGGUGUCUGCGAGACCAAAUAUAUGCCUGCUGCUGAAGGUACAACAUGUGGAUUGCGAAGGUGGUGUAGAAGAGGUGUCUGCGUAUCUAAAGGUUCUCCACCUCCAAAGGCGAUUAAUGGUGGUUGGUCAAAAUUUGGUCCGUGGUCAGAAUGCAGCAGAACGUGUGGUGGCGGGGUUUCAUUUAGACAAAGAUAUUGUAACAAUCCAAUGACAAUGUACGGAGGAAGAUAUUGCGAAGGCGAUGAAAAGAUAUAUGAAAUUUGCAACUACCAGAAAUGCCCACCAGAUGCCCUCAAUUUCCGGGCACAGCAAUGUGCUACAUAUAAUAGCCAACCGUAUCGUCGACAAUAUUUUUCAUGGAUUCCUUUCACAAAGUACUGGAAGUAUGAUUUCAACAAAUGUGCCUUAUUAUGUGAAGCAGAUGGGUUGGGAUUUUUUGAUCGACUUUCACCUCAAGUUGUGGAUGGUACACGGUGUGAUGGGGUAUCUAAUGACGUUUGCAUUGCUGGUCAAUGUGUACGUGUUGGAUGUGACUUCGUGGUAAAUUCGAACUCGAGCGUAGAUGCAUGUGGUGUUUGUAAUGGUGAUAACUCUACAUGUAAAUUUGUAAAUGGAAGUUUCACAGAACAAGUACCAGAUAGUGGGUAUUAUCCUCUGGUCAAGAUUCCAGAAGGAGCUCGUUCGAUAAGAAUAUGGGAAAAUAAAUGUUGCACUCAUACGUAUAUUGCAGCCCGAAGUCCUACAGACCAAUCGAGAUACUACCUAAACGGUAAUUGGCGAGUCCAUCUGUAUGGAAAAAUGAAUUUUGCUGGAACAAGCUGGAAAUAUGAAAGGGAAGGAACAAAAAGUGAAACAUUAUAUACUGAUGGUCCUCUCACGGAAGAUGUUCUGAUUGAGGCGUUAAUAGUUCAAAAAAAUCCCGGAGUAUCGUACACAUAUACAAUCAAGGAAAUGGACAACGAAUUGCUACAUAAUAACCAGCAAAAACCUCGACAUACAUACGCAUGGUUAAAAGAAUUCACACCUUGCUCUAAGUCCUGCGCAGGAGGCGAGCAAAGCAGCGUGCUAACAUGUUUGGAAGAUAAUGUGCAUGAGGUAAACGAUAGUUAUUGUGAAGAGGUAGCACCCAGACCAGAAAAUCGGAUUAAAAAGUGCAAUACUCAGCUGUGUCCUGCAAGUUGGGAGACAGGAGAGUGGAAUUCUUGUAGUCGAACUUGUGGUGGUGGUAUUCAAACACGACAGGUUUCAUGCAAGAGAAUGACUGAUGAUGGACCAGAAUACGCUUCAACAAACGAGUGUGAUCUCAGUAAAAAGCCACAAAGAAAUCAAAUAUGUUCAAAGGAAGACUGUCCACCUGAAUGGAAAACUAGUAGAUGGUCGCAGUGCUCAAGAACGUGUGGUCGGGGAGUUCGUACAAGAACAAUAUCUUGCAAGAGUGGGAUGAGAAAAAUACCGGAAAGUAAUUGCAAAUCAAAAUCGAAACCAAUAUUCAGGCAACAUUGUUUGAUUUCUUAUUGCAGAAGGAGAUUUCAAUGGCUGCUUUCCAAUUGGGCAUCGUGUUCUGUUAGUUGCGGAGAAGGUCAAGAAACGAGACGGUUAAAAUGUAUUUUCAAAGACAGGGUCGGUCAGAAUAAACAAGUCCACGCACGAAGAUGCAGACAUCUGAGAAAACCGCGUUCUUCGAUGACAAGGUCAUGCUCUCUACAAAUAUGUGUUGCUUCAAACAACGCGACGGACAAUUCUGAUAUAACUACAAAAAGCGUUGAUGGAGAAAAUAAUAGUACAAGUGUAUCAUCAAGGCGUAAGUCAGGCAAUCACCGACAUAAAAUCAAAAUUGAAAUUAGGGGACCAACUUGGGUGCCCAGCGAAUGGCAAAAGUGCACUGUUACUUGCGAUGGGGGCCACCAAGUAAGAGCAGUAAAAUGCUUAUCUGAUGGAAAAACCUCAAUAGAUUGUUCGUUCGAUGAAAAACCAGCAAAUACAAGAAUUUGUAACACGAAGGAUUGUUCAGCAGUCGAAGAAGAUCCUUGCCUUGAUUCUUUUAAAUGGUGCCAUUUAGUACCUCAUCACAAUACAUGCUCUCAUGCGUAUUUUGGAAAACAAUGUUGUAAAUCCUGCAAGAAAAGAUCUAAGUGAUCGAUUCUUCAAAGACAACAUUAAAAUUGAUAUACCUCAAUUGAACCUAACUACCUAAAAUAGACAAGUAAGUUGAAAUGAAUUUUGGACAUUUAUUGGGAUGUAAGAUCAAUAAAAUAGAGCAGAACGACCUUGCAUCAACGCAGGAAGGAAAAACGAAGUUUAACACAAAGAAUUCCGUGUUCCUAUUUACAACAAUAAUGUCCAAAUCAUUCAUCAACAUACGAAAAUAAAUAAGAUUUGUGGAAAAUCAAGUGCAUGGCGCGUACAGCUUCACUGAAGAAUAGAAUUGUCUGCAAAUCACAAAAUAGGAAUAUAGCUGCCACUACCAAAGCAUACCAAGUCUCGUGUUCAUUUUUGUGUUUGCCAAUACUGUAUAUUGGACAAAAAUCGUUUUUUUUUUCUCUUUUUGUGUUUGUGCUGUUAACAAAUAGCAAUAACAUAUUAUCGUCUGCAUUAGGAAGAAAUCUACUUCAUUUUUAUUAUGUUUACUCAUAACCACACUGUGUAUUUAUUCUUUGUUACUUACUAACAAUAUUAUUGUUAUUAUAUAAUAAUACAUAUUAAUAUUUUUUUUGCUACCUUUUGCGCUAUAUAUAACUUUACUUCAUUAAUUUAUUAAACUAUGAAAUAAAACUUUCUGCGUGAUUUA